UGUACAUUUGGUCGAUAGUUCGGUGUAUCGUAUGCACCGAUGCGCUGUACGUAGCUGACAAACCCUAUUCCCCCCACCAUAGCAGCGUAGCUACCCCUGACCUUUACCAUUUUAGCGGAAGGAAUCAGGGGCCUGCUACUUUGCAUGUGCACGAGGCAUUGGACCAAAGCUUAAGAUUGGUUCAACCGAUGACUUCGCCUCCUUCGCCUCGUGAUUACCCUUAUCAGACCCUCUCUUACCCAACACAUAGCCUCGUUUUGUUGGCAAGCUUUGGGGGGUUCUUAUCGAUUACUGUACUUUAUUGUAGCUGCCUAGCUCCAUCUACCAAAUGAUUAUCUUCAUCUGAUCUCUAGUUCGAGAAUACAUGUAACCCGAACUAUGAAUAUUGUUUUGUAUUAUCCAUGAAGCUCGGCUUCGCCAUGCGCUUAGCUUCUUUAUUUCCCGUCGUCGUUUUCUCCGGGGUCGCUUCUAGCCGCGCUUUUCAACAGCGUCGUCUAGUCGCUCCGGAGACCCAACAUGUCCUCGGAAACAGUGCCUCGAGCAGUCAUCGACGACCCCAACUCCCCAUACUCCUAAAUCCAUCGGGAGGCAACGUCCCACCGGCCGGUUUCGCAGCCUUUGGCGAUUCAUACAGCGCAGGAAUUGGUACUGGUGUAAAUGGUAAAGAGGAUGAAUGCCGGCAUGGUUUGGGUGCCCACCCUCAGCUUAUUGCUGCCGACCUGUUAGCUAGCCAAGGGGGGCGGAAUGCCUCGAGCUUCCAGUUUCUAUCGUGUACGGGGGCUACGACUCAGGACAUGUUAUCCGGCGUUCAGGAUAGUCAAGUGGAUACCUUCAAUGUCUCAUUGCCUGUAGAUUUUGCCCUCUUAUCGAUGGGUGGCAAUGACCUCGGUUUCUUCGAUGUUAUCAAUGCAUGUGUAUUCCGCUUCUAUAACUUCUACUCGGGAACGUGCGAGGCGGCGCUCGCCAACGCGAAAGCUCAAAUCGAGAGCGACGAGUUCGACCAACGACUAAACGUCAUUAUCACCGAGAUCCUCGACAAGGUCCGCUGGGAGAAGAAACCGUCUUUCCUUAUCACGGUUACGGGGUACGCCCGUUUCUUCAACGACGUCACCGACGAAUGCGAUGAUAUGAGUUUUGGUAUAUGGUGGAAUGGUCCCAAGCUAAAGAAAGAUCUGAGAAUCAAUAUGAAUGCUAUGGUAGUAACGGUCAAUGCCAAGCUUCGCAAGACAGUCGAUCGCGUAAACUCCCGAUUCACCAAAGACAAGUUGGUAUUCGUGGAUUACGACGAGAAGUUCGAUGGCCAUCGAUUUUGCGAGCCGAAUGUUACCGAACCUGAUUACGGUCGUACGGAUACAUGGUUCUUCCUUGUUGGAGGCCCAGACAAUGCCAGGAACGGUACGCGACCACAACAUAUUUCUGACUUCAAGACUUUGCCCCCAAACUCGGCUCUUGUCGACCCCACGUCGUGUCUUGAGCCUGCACAAGCAUCUGGGGAUUGGGGUGAGUUGGCUUUGUGCUACAUGGCUAUGUCAAAAUACGAAGACCCGACCUUGCAGCUUGCCCGAGGUGACUUUGUCGCGAAGAACUCUAUGUGGUAUGUCCCUACGUACUAUGGGAAGACAUUUCAUCCUAGAUCCCUCGGUCACGAGGUUAUGAGGGAUAAGAUUUAUGAAGUGUGGGAUACGCUAGAGUAAUACGUGGCUUGUUCCGUUAUUUACAGCGCUAAGAUAUGAUUUGCUGGCGUUUACCGUGGUAGAAUGAGAGCAUGCAAGUAUAGCAUGUCUCUAAGCAAGGGAUUAAGUAUCCUUACAUGUGCAGCGGUUGCCUUUAGAGUGUUGGUGUCGGGGACACGCUCCCCUAUCUUAUACCCAUAAGCUGGCGCUUAUUGCUGGCUAAGUCAUGUUGUUUUUGCAUAUACCUGUUACAUUUUAUGGAAGAGAAGGGAAAGAGGCAUAUAAUGAGUAUAGUAGCUUGAAGGGAAUUGAUGGGUUGGGUUUUUAUCAUUAUAGGGACAACGAUGCCCGACUUUGGGAACAUUAGAAGGAACCAUAUGAGAUAGGUGAUAUGUUGAUACAGGAUGUGCAUCUAUAAUACGAGGAUUCAAUCAAGAAUUAAACAACUUAAGGCUUAGAUGGUUACAAA